ACGCAUUCUACGUAACGGACGGCAGAGGCUACGUGAAGAGUGGGGCGGUGUGAGUGAGCUACCUGCCUGGGCUGUGACCCAGAGGCGUCGCGGCCAGCAAAAGUCUUAGUGACCGGAAGUCGGAGGCCGGACACAGGCAGGGUGCGUGGAGGCGGCGGCCCCAGGAGCCCCGGGCCGGGUUUCAGCCUCGGGUGCAGCUUGUUUUUGAGGUGCAAUGAAAGCCUUCUGUGCUUUCUGUGUUGUCCUUGUGGUGUUCAGUAGUCUCUCUGAAGCCAAGUUUGAUGACUUUGAGGAUGAGGAAGACCUAGUAGAGUAUGAUGAUAAUGACUUCGCAGAGUUUGAAGAUGUCAUGGAAGAUUCUGUGACCGAAUCUCCCCAGCGGGUGAUAACCACUGAAGACGAUGAAGAUGAGACCACCGUGGAGCUGGAAGGACAGGAUGAGAAUCAGGAAGGAGAUUUUGAAGACACAGACACACAGGAGGGAGACAGUGAGAGUGAGCCAUAUGAUGAUGAAGAAUUUGAGGGUUAUGAUGACAAGCCAGAUACUUCUUCUAGCAAAAAUAAAGACCCAAUAACAAUUGUUGAUGUUCCUGCACACCUCCAGAACAGUUGGGAGAGUUAUUAUCUAGAAAUUUUAAUGGUGACUGGUCUACUUGCAUAUAUCAUGAACUACAUCAUUGGAAAGAAUAAAAACAGCCGCCUUGCUCAGGCCUGGUUUAACUCUCAUAGAGAGCUUUUGGAGAGCAAUUUUACCUUAGUCGGGGAUGAUGGAACUAACAAAGAAGCCACAAGCACAGGAAAACUGAACCAGGAGAAUGAGCACAUCUAUAACCUGUGGUGUUCUGGUCGAGUAUGCUGUGAGGGCAUGCUUAUCCAGCUCAGGUUUCUUAAGAGACAAGACUUACUUAAUGUCCUGGCCCGGAUGAUGAGGCCAGUGAGUGAUCAAGUGCAAAUAAAAGUAACUAUGAAUGAUGAAGACAUGGAUACAUAUGUGUUUGCUGUUGGCACACGGAAAGCUUUGGUGAGGCUGCAGAAAGAAAUGCAGGAUCUGAGUGAGUUUUGUAGUGAUAAACCUAAGUCUGGAGCAAAGUAUGGACUGCCAGACUCUUUGGCCAUCCUGUCAGAGAUGGGAGAAGUCACAGAGGGAAUGAUGGAUACAAAGAUGGUUCACUUCCUUACGCACUAUGCUGACAAGAUUGAAUCCGUUCAUUUUUCAGACCAGUUCUCUGGUCCAAAAAUUAUGCAAGAGGAAGGUCAGCCUUUAAAGCUACCUGACACCAAGAGGACACUACUGUUUACAUUUAAUGUGCCUGGCUCAGGUAACACUUACCCAAAGGAUAUGGAGGCUUUGCUACCCCUGAUGAACAUGGUGAUUUACUCUAUUGAUAAAGCCAAAAAGUUCCGACUCAACAGAGAAGGUAAACAAAAAGCAGAUAAGAACCGGGCACGAGUGGAAGAGAACUUCUUGAAACUGACACACGUGCAGAGACAGGAAGCUGCACAGUCUCGACGUGAAGAGAAGAAAAGAGCUGAGAAGGAGCGGAUCAUGAAUGAGGAAGAUCCUGAGAAACAGCGCAGGCUGGAGGAAGCUGCUUUGAGACGAGAACAAAAGAAGUUGGAGAAGAAGCAAAUGAAAAUGAAACAAAUCAAAGUGAAAGCCAUGUAAAGUCAUCCCAGAGAUCUGAGUCCUAACACCAUCUAAGCUCUGCUGCAUUCCCAUGACACAUGAAAAGCCCAAAUCCAUUUCUCAAAGUUCACAUUUAUUCCUUAUCUCACCCUCUAUUCUACUUUUGGUUUGGAGUUUUACGGAGGUUGUAGGUACAUUGAAAGGGCUCUGUUUCAUUCACUUUCUUCCAGAUUGUUUUAUUCUAUAAAAGGGAUGGUAUAUAAAAUAUGUGCAGUUUUAAAAUACUUUUUAAAUUAUAACAUGAAUCAUCAUUGCUUUUAGUACUUUGGUGUUUGAAGAGUAAUCAUGAGAUUUAGGUAGGAUUUUGCUUUUUAUUUAAACUAGGCAAUUGGAAUAACUAUGAAGACUGACUCUAAACCAAGAUUCCACAAAUAACUGUUGGAAUUGCACAAUAAAUGUUGCUUGGUAUUUUCUUCUGUGUCCAUGUUAAACUUGUGAAAAAGUGAAUUCUAGAACACUGUAUGCAAUGAUGAAAUUUCAGAGACUCAGAAUAUAAUGCAGUGUAUGUUUAAUGUAUGGGAGGUGCUGAUUACAGUAUUGUAGGAAAUCUUUAGGUGUUAGGAUACUGAUAAGUACAUGGAAGAUUCUAGAGGUAGGUAGUACAGGCAUUUUCUCCUUGCCUGAUACUGUGAGCUAAUGACAAGGUGAGUGCUGAAUUUUAAGUGAUUAUAUGUUUAUUUUUCUUGAGUUUCAAAUGCAUGAAAAAUUAACUGCUUCACCUAGAUCAGAUCAGCAGUCCGAUCACUGGUCUCUGUGAGGUCACAGUGUUGUUCUUGGUUGCUGCAGCCUGUUGGAUGUUUGUGGAGAAGUUCUGUGUUUUGUGUUAUGGCUGUGUACCUUUGCUUCUCCCUGCUUUUAUCUCGUCCACAGUUGCUGGGUAUGUACUUUUUGAAACAAAUAGCCAUGGAUAUGCAUAAAUGCGCUUUAAAAAAAUGAACUUUCUUAAACUAUUCAGAGUUCUGUCUGCCUCUUGAGGUGGAAGCUCUUGGGGGAGCAUUUGGCUUGUUGAGAUCUCUGCAUUUUAUAAAUGCUUCCUACUGAGAAAGCAUUUUUUAAGUCACUGCUUGUACCAGGUAAUUUUUGCUGGGGAUGGGAAAGGGUUGGUUUUUUGUUGGGAGUGGGGUUGUGGGAUUUUUGUUGAUGCUGUGUUCUGAGGUAGUAACAAGGCGUCGCUGUGAAUACAGUGUGUGCUGCUGCCUUUGAAACUGCAGGAGCUUUUCACAUGGGUUCUAUCUGGGUUAAUAAUAGAAAUGUGUAAACUUGGAGGUGCAGGUAUAAGAUUUUUUUAGCACUUCACACAUUUAAGUUAUUGAAAAUAAUAAAAAGUUCAAUCCCUUUAAUGCUAUAUGAUUCUAGAAUCAACUUUGUUUUACAAACCUUUAAAUUACAUUUUAGAAUCAAAAUUGAUAUGCUUAGCUAUCUUUUGCGUAAUACAAGCUUUCUUAAAGUCCCACAUGUUUGAACCGUGGCAGCUAAUUUUGUAAUUUAAGCAUUCUUAUGAACUACCUAUGACAUAUAUUAAACUGAUUGACGAAA